AUGCCUCUGUAUCGGCCAGACAAUGUUGAUGCGCCUGUCCUUUCACAGUUCUCCUUGAAAGGAAAGGUCGCUGCUGUGACCGGAGGCGCUCGAGGCAUAGGACUCGAAGUUGUUCGUGGUCUCGCAGAAGCCGGCGCAUCGGUUGCUCUUAUCUACACCACCAGCAAAUCCGCCCCAGAAACCGCUGCUAAGAUUGCCAAAGAGACCGGCUCGCAGGUCUCCGCCUACAAGGCCGACGUCACCAACAAGAAAGAGAUUACAGAUACCAUCAAUCAGAUUGCCAAAGACUUCGGCAAACUAGAUGUAUGUGUUGCCAAUGCUGGUGUUGCAUCGCAGGUCCCAGGACUCGAAUACUCCGAAGACCAAUGGCGCGACAUCAUGAACGUCAACCUCGACGGCGCCAUGUACACUGCCCAAGCUGCCGGCAAGAUCUUUGAAAAACAAGGAGGCAGUAAUUCGAUGAUAUUUACGGCCUCAGUCAGCGCUAUUCUGGUCAAUAUACCGCAGAAGCAGGCCGCAUACAAUGCAUCCAAGGCCGCCCUGGUACAUCUGGCCAAGUCAUUGGCUGUUGAGUGGACCGAUUUUGCUCGCGUAAACUGCAUCUCACCUGGAUUCGUCGAGACUGACAUACUCUCGAUUCAUCCUGGAGAAUGGAGGAAGAAAUGGUUCGACAUGAUUCCUGGCGCCCGUAUGACGAAAGCCGCAGAGCUUAAAUCAGCAUACGUUUUCCUAGCAUCUGACGCUUGUUGCUACAUGACAGGCGCAAAUAUGGUCAUUGAUGGCGGUUACACUCUGCCAUGA